ACAUGGUACUACCUUCCUCCUCUGAGACAUCAACGAGCUUGAGCAUAUGUAUUUGUGGUAGUCUCAAGCUAUUGCUGCUUCCAUUGAGUUAGUUAUAGAGCGGCUGCUGAAGGUUGAACAUGGCGGCCCGGUCAAUGCAAGCAGCAAGAUGUCCAACAGAUGAAUUGUCGCUGACAAACUGUGCAGUGGUAAAUGAAAAAGAUUUCCAGUCUGGACAGCAUGUAAUUGUGAGGACCAGUCCAGCACACAAAUAUGUGUUUACAUUACGUACCCACUCAUCUGUAGUUCCUAACAGCAUUGCAUUCAGCUUACCACAGAGAAAAUGGGCAGGGCUCUCCAUUGGCCAAGAAGUAGAAGUGUGUUUGUACAACUUCGAUAAGACUAAGCAGUGUGUUGGAACUAUGACGAUUGAGAUCGACUUCCUGCAGAAGAAGAGCAUUGACUCAAACCCCUAUGAUUCAGACAAGAUGGCAGCAGAGUUCAUCCUGCAGUUUAACAGUCAGGCAUUUUCUGUGGGACAGCAGCUGGUAUUCUCCUUCAAUGAUAAGCUGUUUGGACUGAUUGUAAAGGAUAUAGAAGCCAUGGACCCCAGCAUCCUGAAAGGCGAGCCUGCCACUGGCAAACGACAGAAGAUCGAAGUUGGACUGGUUGUUGGCAACAGCCAAGUGGCAUUUGAAAAAGCUGAAAAUUCCUCCCUGAAUCUGAUUGGGAAGGCUAAAACAAAACAAGAUCGUCAGUCCAUCAUUAAUCCUGACUGGAACUUUGAGAAGAUGGGCAUUGGAGGUCUUGAUAAGGAGUUCUCUGACAUCUUUCGACGAGCUUUUGCAUCACGUGUUUUCCCUCCAGAUAUUGUAGAACAGAUGGGUUGUAAACACGUGAAGGGUAUCCUGCUAUAUGGGCCUCCUGGCUGUGGUAAAACUUUGAUGGCUCGGCAGAUUGGAAAGAUGCUCAAUGCCCGAGAACCAAAAGUGGUCAAUGGCCCUGAAAUUCUUAACAAGUAUGUCGGUGAGUCUGAGGCCAACAUCCGAAAACUGUUUGCUGAUGCCGAAGAGGAGCAGAGAAGGCUUGGUGCAAACAGCGGACUUCAUAUCAUAAUCUUUGAUGAAAUUGACGCGAUCUGCAAGCAAAGAGGAAGUAUGGCAGGAAGUACUGGUGUCCAUGAUACAGUCGUCAACCAACUGCUUUCCAAAAUUGAUGGAGUUGAACAGCUCAACAACAUUCUGGUCAUAGGAAUGACGAACAGACCAGACCUUAUAGAUGAAGCUCUUUUGCGUCCGGGAAGGCUUGAAGUAAAAAUGGAAAUAGGGCUUCCGGAUGAAAAGGGCCGUAUUCAGAUCCUCAAUAUUCACACAGCGAGGAUGCGCGACAACAAACUACUAGCUACUGAUGUCUGCAUUUCUGAACUGGCUGUCGAGACCAAAAACUAUAGUGGAGCAGAACUAGAGGGUCUGGUGCGAGCUGCUCAAUCCACUGCCAUGAAUCGACACAUCAAGGCAAGCAGCAAAGUGGAAGUGGACAUGGAAAAGGCAGAGCAUCUACAAGUAACCAGAAGUGACUUCUUGAGAUCCCUGGAAAAUGAUAUCAAACCGGCAUUUGGUACAAACCAGGAGGACUAUUCUAGUUACAUAAUGAAUGGAAUAAUCAAGUGGGGAGACUCUGUGACCCGUGUUAUGGAAGAUGGAGAGCUGCUUGUUCAACAGACAAAGAACAGUGAUAGAACCCCCUUGGUCAGCGUUCUCCUGGAAGGCCCUCCUCAUAGCGGGAAGACUGCUUUGGCAGCUAAGAUUGCAGAAGAAUCUAACUUCCCUUUUAUCAAAAUUUGCUCCCCUGACAAGAUGAUUGGUUUCUCAGAAACGGCCAAAUGUCAAGCAAUAAAAAAGAUCUUUGACGAUGCAUACAAGUCACAGCUCAGCUGUGUGGUUGUAGAUGAUAUUGAACGACUUCUUGAUUAUGUCCCUAUUGGUCCUAGAUUUUCCAACUUAGUGCUUCAGGCUCUCCUAGUUCUACUGAAGAAGGCACCUCCUCAGGGCCGCAAGUUGCUUAUAAUUGGGACCACUAGUCGUAAGGAUGUCUUGCAAGAGAUGGAAAUGCUGGAUGCCUUCAGCACCACCAUCCAUGUUCCCAACAUUAGCACUGGAGACCAGCUUAUUGAUGCCUUGGAGCUGUUAGGAAGUUUCAAGGACAGUGAGCGAGCCACCAUUACAAAACAGGUCAAAGGGAAGAAGGUCUGGAUUGGAAUCAAGAAACUACUGAUGCUUAUUGAGAUGUCACUACAGAUGGAUCCUGAAUAUCGUGUGAGGAAAUUUCUAACUCUUCUGAAGGAAGAAGGAGCUGACCGCCAUGAGUAUGACUGAAGAUGAGAAGUUUGCUGUAACCACUGGCUGUAGAAAAUUGACCAAUGGAAGCCACGAAGACUGGAAUCUUUUGCCAUUUUAUUCAGCACAAUCAACUGGGGGAGGGUGGAGACACAUGGCUGGGAAUGUAUAUGUCAACUGUCAGCAUAUCACUACACUCCACAUUCUGCAUGUUUGCUGCAAUAACACGUCAAUAUUUUUCUUCUGUGUCUUAAACAUUCUGGAGUUUUGUGGAAAAAUGCAGUUCUCCCAUUAAGUUAUUUGUUACAAUUAAUGCAUUCUUGCUCAGCAUUGGUAUUUUUGAUAAAUUUCUAAAAGGUACCCAUAUUAAAAUAUUGCAUCCCAUUUCGUGAUCUCAUCAGCCAGCAUCGAAUGCACUUUAACCCCGAUACUUUUUUGUUUUGCUUUUAUGCUGUACUAACCCUGCUAAAUGCUGGGGAUAUCAAGGCACUACCCUUUUCCUAACUGUGGUUGAGUAAGGCUGUGAAGAUGUGACUGCAAUAUCAGCCUGAAAAGUGUGAUUCAUGAUGAAUUUUGGGUUGCCCUCCUAGGGGAGAGAGAGAUCUCACCUUCAUGGUACAUUCAGAUCCUUUGAGGAGGCGACAUUGCAUAUUGCUUCUGACUUCUGCCAUUUGUAUAUGAAGAGCAUUCUAAUAAAUGUAAACCAGUCACAUGGCUGCUUCAGUUCCAUGGUACCACAGUUUUUCGCUGCCCCAAAAUAUAUGAUAAUGCCACAUUUUGGUGCAGUACUCAGGUGGUAGCCAUGUUUUAUAUUGGUUGCACAUGUGGCUCAAAGCAUUCCUAUUCAUGUUUGAAAUUUCUCCAUCCAGUGUUCAAUGUCCCAUGACCCAUUCCCCCAGACUAUCAGAAGAACACAGGUAGAGUUACUCUAAUCAGCAGCUGGACAAAGUUUGGCAACAUUUGUCUUGUGCUGUCAGGUGUGAGUGAUUUUCUUAUUGUUUACUUGCUUAAUACAGAAUACACAAGUGGAUAUUUCUUUUUUAUCUGUCUGAGCUGUAAAUUUUCUUUGUAGGCUUGGCAGUUGAGUUGCAGAAGUUGUGUUCAUGUUACUUUUGAUAUGACUGAAAUCUGGAAAAACUGAACAAGGAAGCCUUUUGAUACAAGGCUAAGCCCACAUGUGUGGUUGUAAUAGCACUGCUGCUUUUGUGUUAGAAACAGACAAGCUAGGAUACGCCAGUUAUGCAUGUCAAACUGACAGCCUGAUAGUGCAGGGCAGAUAGCUGGUAACCUGGAUUCAGUGAAGGACUUAGUUCCUCAGAGGAUGGUCUAGGAAAGAAGUGCUGAGGGUUGCAAGACAGCUGUCCUUUCCCAGUCAAAGACUGGCACCUUACUAGCCCCGGUGCAGAUCAGAAGCAAAAGUGAUAUAUUGGCUUGUAAUAUGUAGGGGAUGUGGUAGCAGCAGCUGUCCCGUGUGCGUGUACGUAGAAAACACAUUACUUGUUUCCUUACCUAAUAACAGGAAAAAAUGUGGCAGAAGCUGUCUGUCUGCCAACUCUCAUAGUACCUGAUGGUCUUUAUUGUUACUUAACCUUUUUUUUUUUAACAACUCUCUUCUGCAAGAGCUCAGAAGGUUGACAUUUCCAGGUGAGUGAUGCUGAUCUGGGCAAUUGGAGAGUUCUUCAUGAAGGCAAUGCACAUGAUAUGAGAGAGAACAGAAAUCCUAAAGUUGUUCUGACUUGGUCAGAUUUACAAAAAUGUCUAAUUUUGUACUUGAACUACUAGCCCCCAUGCACCUACUCUGAUCAGGCCUUCGGUAGUGUUAAACUGAAAAUCUGGGUUUUGUAAAUCAAGAUUGCUGUAUAAAAUUCACUUUAUGUGUCCAGGUUUUAAUGCCUCAUAGUAAUAAAACACAAAGUAAACUGAACAGAUUUUUUGUGGUAUAACAGUAGUCCAAAAAUGUUAUAGGUUCAUAAGUAAGUACUAGGCUAACUGCUCUUGAGGGCCAUUUCUUGCAUAGCCAGUUUCUCUCAAACUUAAGAAUUCAAUUCUGUACCUUGUGUCUGUGAUGUAGAUACCUUAACUAUUAUCCCGAACCCCCCACCCAGACUUUCAGAUUUUGGCUUUAUAGCAGCUCCUCUGAGUAGUUCUCCUAGCUUGGCACAUGCACAAGAACCAGACAACAUAGUGACCAGGGUCCGUAAUGUACACACACACACACACACACACACACACACACUCUUCAAAAUAAGUUGCAUCAAAGUACAGUAAACUCUCCAUUAACCGGAAGUCAAGUAACCGGCAAAAAAAAAAAUAUUGAAGCAAUACAGUACACUUUUUAUGUGUUGCACUUUGUUUUUCCCCAUAGAAACAUGCCUUACGUUUUUAGAGUUUUAGAAUUUUGAAAAGGAAGAUGGGAAUAAAUUCCCUUUCUCCCCAACCUGAGAACAAGUCAAACCAAACGAAUAGUAUAGGGUACAGUAUUAGGCCUAUUUUUAAUAGUAAUUCUCAAGCAACCAGAAACUAUAGUUAUCCGGCAUCUACCAAUCCCCAUGGGUGCCGGUUAACUGACUGUUUACUGUAGAUCUUGAUUUUUUUGUGUUGCAUGAAUUAAUGAAUGGAGAUCUUAUAAACUGCAUUUGUGCUGAGAUUAUUGUCAAGACAGUUUUUUUUUUAAAAAGAGGAAGAGAUUUAUUCACAGCUUCUGCAAGAAUGUCAAAUAGUAGAGCUUGAUACACAAACUGAUAUAAUUUUUUUUGAAGAUUGUUUUCCUUGUCCACAUAAUCAUAGGGCUAUUUUUUCAAAAUACUGCAGGGCUCCUUAAAUUUCAUUCUAGAAAAAGUUUUCUGUUUGGGUAUCUCCAACAAUUUUCAUUCUUUUUUUCUGAUUUGUGAUGCAUUCAUUAUGUCUUUUACUCCUCUACCAUUUUUGGAGGGGGGGGGGGGCAAAAUACCUGUAAGAAAUAUGAAACUCUGAUUUUCCCAAUUGGUUCCAGUUCUGACUCCUUAUUAAACCACCAUUUUUUUCAGGAGAAAGGAGAAGGAAAAACAUAUUUUAUAUCGAAUAUCUUUUAUUAAAAGGUUACUUGAGAAACACCACUUUUCUUGUUGACUUUUUGUUUUCUAAAGGAGCAAGUCAGUGCUGUAAAGUAUUGGAGGUUAAGCAGUGGCAUUUUUUUUGGGGGGGGCAUAUGACAACACUUUUUACCUCGGGUGUUUUAUCAGGCUCAUCUGCAGCUAGGUGGAAGUGGGGGAGGGAGGCAUCUCAUAUGACUGUGUUGACCUCACUGUGCGCCCUCCACUUUACCUCAUUUUCCACUCUCAUACCAUAGUCAAAACCCAGUAUGAUCCAGAUUGACCAGGAACAGAAUUAUGUAACUUACCUGUGUUGUUUAAAUUGAGCAGUUUAUGUUUGUCUUUUUGUUUUGUUUUUGGUCAUUCAAAGGAGGCUUGUUGCUCAGAGAUAUGUAAAAUGCAGUGACCAAUGUAAAGUAAUCUUGUCUGCAGUGUCUUUACUGUGUUUGUUAAACUUUCCUGUGAAGUGUCCUCAUCACCUUUACUGUAUUAUAUUCUUAUUGAAUGCUGUAAACAUUUUAUUGUGACAGUGUGCGUGUCUUAACUUCUGUAGACAUGAGUAUUUAUUCCAUAAUGAUUCUAAAGAGAGGAUGCAAUAAAAAAAUAAUAGAAAAGAUAAAUGUCAAAAAUGA